CCAGCGGCGAGGGAUGCACUGGCCACCCGCGCCUCCCGCAUGGCUUGCGAUGACAUGGCAGCAGACAGCCAGCAGCCAGGCGGCAGGCAGCCUUGACCUCCUCCCCCAACUCUUGUCUCUUAAGCAACCCCAUCGCAACAUCUCCAUACUCUUCUCAACUCUCCUCCCACCGACCUCAACGACCUCUCACGACACCCGCAAGCAUGGACAAGAUCAAGGAGCGCUUCACCAUCCUCGGCCAGAAGAUCGAGGCUGCCGAGACCCGCGCUGAGGAGGCCGAGGCUGAGAACAAGAAGCUCAAGCAGACCCUCCUUGAGCGUGACCAGGAGAUCUCGUCGCUCCAGCACAAGCUCUCGCUUGCCGAGGAGGAGCUCGAGAAGACCGAGGGCAAGGUCAAGGAGCUCAAGGGUGCCGCCGAGGAGGGCGACACGCACCGCACUGCUGGCGAGAACCUUGCUCGCAAGGUUCAGCUCCUCGAGGAGGAGCUCGACAAGGCCGAGAAGGACCUCAAGGAGACGACCGAGAAGCUCCGCCAGGUCGACGUCAAGGCCGAGCACUUUGAGCGUGCCGUCCAGCGCGCCGAGCAGGAGCGUGACGACUGGGAGAAGAAGCACGGUGACGCCGUCGAGAAGUACCAGCAGUCGAAGCGCGAGCUCGACGAGGUUGUUGCCCAGAUGGAGAGCUUGUAAACAUCCCCACGUGUCCCCAUGUGCUUGUGCCAGGCGCCGUGUCGCGCAGCCCUGCGCACCUCUUUCCAAAUCCGCCUCGCCAUAUCCUGGACGUAGCCAGCGCGGGCCGAUGGCCGUGUGCUAGACAGCAGCAUGAAUCAAUAGCUAGU